AGAAUCUUUCCAUUUGUUAAAAUUCAUGACUUCUCUUCAGUCUACGAAGAGUUACGUAGGGAAAUGCUAGAGUUUAAAACAUUUAAAUUACAAUUCAACGAACUUUCAUACUUUCAACAUGGAAACAGUUGUGUUGUUUGGCUAAAACCAUCAACCCCAGAGUGUGAAAAUAUCAUUAAUAAAAUUCAAAAUAAACUUCAAGAGUUAUUACCAGGUUUUGAUGAAUUAAGCAAAAAAUCAGAUAAAGGUUUCCAACCUCAUUUAACAAUAGGACAAUUUUCAUCAGUAAGUAAAGGAAUAGAACAAAAAAUCCAAAGCUUACAAAAAGAAUUUAAACCAAUCGAGUUUGAUGUUAAUGAAAUCUAUAUGAUCCAUCGUCGUGGCGAUGUUCCAUUCGAAAUCGAAAAUGUAUUAAAAUUAAAAUCUAGGGAUUAG